AUGAAUGACGAACACACUUAUGAAUGGGAAACCAUCACGGCAGAGCUAAACAUCAUAAAACCGGUGAAUGAGAUUGAGAUACGGGACGUGCUAGGCAAGAGUCUCGACAAACCGGAAAAAUGGGAAGCAUUCUACGAAAUGUAUGCGAAACGGAUGGGUUUCGGCACAAGGAAAGACGAUGUACGACGUUCUCAUGGGGUCAUUGUAAUGCGGAGGUGGGUUUGUUGUUCAGAGGGUUCGAAAAAAAUCGCAUCACCGGACACACCAAGAAAAAAAAGACCUCAUGAUGUCACUAGAACCGGAUGUCAGGCAGCAUUGCGUAUUUUACUCACACAACCGUCUAACACUUGGAAAUGCAAAGAGUUCAGCACAAUGCACAAUCACGAGUUGGCUUCAUCAAUGGAGGUUACGAGAAAAUGCCAUGUCAACUUCGAGAUGUGUACAACGGGGUUCUUUGGUGCGAAGCGAGAAGAGAAGAUAGAGACGGACUCGAAGGGGCUGCGGGAUUUCUUGAUUGUCUCGCGAGAGAAGGAUCCUAAUUUCUUCGUUGUCUAUCGGGUUGACGACGAGAAUCGCUUGGCUAACUUAUGCAGGCGAGAUGGAAACUCACGCGUGGACUAUGUAGCUUUUGGGGAUGUACUAGGAUUUGACACAACCUACAUGACGAAUGAGUACAAUAAGCCCCUCACUGUUCUCAUUGGCGUCAACCACCAUUUCAACACAUGCAUCUUCGGAUUUGCUCUCCUCCUCCACGAGAAGCUUCCAUCAUAUUCUUGGCUACUUCAAAAAUUUCUAGAAUGCCAUGGAGAUAAGAAGCCAAGUGUUGUAGUUGCGACCAAGAUGCGGCCAUGA